ACGACAGACAAUUUAUAAUUGUGUGCCUUUGCCCAGAACUCAAGAGCCCACCUCCGUCCUCCCAGAACCUGUCUACUUAUAAGAGCGAGGCACUAUCGACACUCGACGGAACGGAUACAUACAUUUCGUACCUAACCACAGCCGCUUGCCCCCCAGAGCAGCGGAUUAACGAGGUAGAAAAAGCCCGGCAUCAUACACAGACAGGAAAGCCGAUCUCCCCAUCCGAAAUCAUGUCGCAAAACCAAGACGGUCCCACGUUGCUACGACCGAUUCCCCGUCGCCCCUUUAAGCUCAACUUCACGGGCCCGACGCCUCCGGAAGAGCAAGACGAUCCUCAACCGCAGGUAGCGGCCCAUAGCCCAGAUCAGAGCUCAAGCGCGAGCUGGAGUGAAUCGUUGAACCUCGAUACCCUCAACCGGCGUCUUCUCGAUCCAAGGCUGCACACGCCGAGAAACCACGACAGACUUUCGGAUUCGGGAGAAAUUAGCCGCGCGCAAUCAUACUUGAAUCUCACGAGCUCGGCGCUCUACGGCAUCUACUCACCCACGACAUAUGGAAAGGAUAGAUUCGAGCAGGAUGAGCCAGACACACCCUGGGGCACAGGAGCCGAGACGCCGGCCAAGAAGCUGAGCACCGACGAGCCAUACUACAAGAUCCAAAAAGAAAGGGGCAGGCCGAUGCGGCGCCGUUCUUCUCUGCAUCAACCAGUUCGGCCGCCGCCACUAUCAAGGACGGCCACAGUCCUCUACAUGGGCCUUAGAGCUCUGCUACUGUUUGGUCUGGGUCUUUUGUACGGCGUUGUGGUAGCGAGCUUCCAGGACAGACACAACCUGACCAGGCUGCAGAUCGAGGAUGUCAGGCAAUCAAGCAAGUACGACAUCUCAUUUAUGGCAUUUUGGGGGGUCUCCGGGGUGGUCCUUGGUGCGUUGCUCCCGUGGUUUGACGGGGUAUGGGAAGGCGUAUUUGGCCACGAGGAAGAGGAGGAGUCCGCAUCGGACCAUGCCAUCGGCUCGGAAGAAGAGCCAAGUCAAGCCACCGACUGGGGAUUGGCUUUCAGGGGCAUUGGCGCCUUUGUCGGCAUUGUCUUUGCCAUCCGCAAGACUCCUUGGGCAUCGACACUUCAGGUCUCCUUAGCACUUGCUCUUGUAAACCCAUUUCUAUGGUAUCUAAUUGACCGAUCAAAACCGGGGUUUCUUCUAUCCUCGACUAUCAGCGUCGUGGGCUCGGCCAUAGUGAUGAGCCUCAGACCCGACAUGGUCCCUACGCCAGCGUGCCAUCCGGCUGCCGGAGUUUUCGGCUCAAACUCCUCUGCAAGCACGGCAGAUCCUGUCUUGAUGCUUGGCGGACUGGCCAGUCAACAAACUGUUGAAAAGAGCAUUUGGAUGUUGAGUAUUCUGUUCUGUUGCUGUGUAUGUUUUGGAAAUAUUGGCCGAAGGCUGGCAUUCAACCAGUCCGGGAGCAACAAGGGUCGAUGGGCGCAACAGAAGACUGGCUAAUGAAAAAGAGAGGAUACCCAGUGUGUUUUAUUGAGCUGUUUAGCAGUGCCACGCCAAUUGUGGUAUAAAAAGGUUUAUGGUACAAUAGGAUUUCGGAUAGAAUCAAAAGGAAAGCAAAAGCCUUCGGCUUCUUGGACAUGGAAGGACGGGUGGCCAUUAACUAGGCAUAAGGGAAGGGUCUUCUGUAUGAUAUCCCCUGUAAUGGUCCUGGUUCAGAGCAUAUAUUGGUAUUAUUUUGGGGCCACGAUACCCAAGUAUGUGGCUACCUUGUCAAGUGCGUGAUGUUGGCGACUUCUAAUAAAAUGUCAUCUCAGCUAUG